UCCAAUUCAGAAUUGGGUAGGGAAAAAAGAGAACCGGACAGUAAUUCGGAUUCCUUCCACUUCUCCAUUCUCGUUCUUGCACGGGGCUUGAGCCAUUGUGUCGUUCUGUCGCAUGACUCACCGCUGCUCCACGGAUCUCGCUCUUCGCCGCCCCCCCGUCUCAGCUACGGGCUCCCUUCAACACUAGCAGCAGCGAGAGCCACGGGGAUCGGGCGGAAAAAUUGGAUCCCCUUGCCCGUCUACCAUCAACGUCCACUGGAGGCCGCCGACAGCUGCGGACGCGCCUUGCCGGUGGGGGAAGAAUGAUCGCGGCGCGGAGACCCAACAGCGGCCAGAAGGGGCAAGAAGGGGCGUCCCGGGUGGAUGGCGGUGACAGCGGACGCUAGGCGGCGGCGUGGGCUCUCUCGGAGCUUCCGACCACAACCUGAGAUUCGUUCAGCGCCUGCCUCCCAAUUUCUUGCCUGCCCAAGACCUGUCGCUCGCUGCAGCCGCCACCGCCGCAGCUGGGCAAGACCACAAAGGUGAAGUUUUUCAGAGAGGUACUCCAAGCGCGCCGCGACAGCGGCUGAAGGAGGGGAAGCAGGAUUCGGGUAAGUCAGGAGACGAGGUUUUCUCCUCGCUCGCUCAUCCACCCAGCCGCCGUCCUUCCUCUUGCUGUGCUGUCGCGGGGCUCAAAUCCGCGGGACUCGACUGGGAAGCCCCGUGCUUCACCAAGUGCCGCCUGAAGGGAACUUCCAUCCGCGAGACGGGGACACGCGUCCCUCAGGAAUUCCGGGCAGAGAACCACCGAAGAAAAGAAGCAACCGGAGCAGCAGUUACUCUUGCAACUGGGGAGUACCCCGUCGGCUCUAUCCAGGACGUUGCCGCGGCCAAGCACCCGAGCGCAGGCUGGUUACCGCAUCCCAGUUCCGGUUACCGAUAAGGCGAAUGAAUCUGGCUGAGUUUGAUCCCGGGGCUAGAGAGCUUAACCCAAGAGGGCACCACCAAAGCAUCUAUCUACACCAUCAUACUCAUAUCUGCAAAGCCUGGCUUCCUGCUGGGGUUGCCUGCAGACUUAGUGUUUAUAAAGACUGUGCUAGAUAGCCUGUGCCGUUCCAGAAGGAAGCCACCCCUUGCAAGACAGCUGGCUAGCGACAACUCAAAAUGUGCAAAUGGGAGGUCCCCAAUUAGCUGACCUUAUCCUGCUCUUGUGCCAGUCCACUGGCAUCAUAAGAGAGUAGCAGCCAAACCAGUUGGGUCCCUUACUUGUUCUGUGCCCCUGGCAUCAUCUUCUCCUAAGACAAUGUUUUCAAUAAUUGAAUAAAGAUUGUACAAUCAUCUGGAUUUUAUUUGCGCUGGUAUCUGGCAAUUACCCAAGGCAGCGGCACAGAAAAGACCUCUCUAGAUUCAACUCCACUGAUCUUCAACAACUGCCCAGGCCAAGUGGAAGAGACCACCAUUUCCGUCUGCUUUGCUAAUGAUUGCCUAUGUUGGGCCCCUUGCAUGAAACAACAGAGUUUCCACACUGAGACCAGCCUUCGUUCUACUACUAACCACACGGAGUGUAAGGAAAUCUCCUUCUCGUCAGGAUGUCAGUUGUGCGAAGAAAGUUUGGAGAUGACUAUCAGGCAGUGGUGGCUGCACCAUCCCAUCGGAAACGGCAGCGCUUUGUAGACAAGAAUGGCCGCUGUAAUGUCCAGCAUGGCAACCUAGGCAGUGAGAACAGUCGCUACCUUUCCGACCUCUUCACUACUCUGGUGGACCUCAAGUGGCGUUGGAACCUUCUCAUUUUCUUACUGACCUACACUGUUGCUUGGCUGGUGAUGGCCUCCAUGUGGUGGGGUAUUGCUUAUUUGCGUGGGGACCUAGAUAUACACCAGAGCCCCAGUUCAGGACACAGCCCAUGUGUGGCUAAUGUCUACAACUUUCCCUCAGCCUUUCUCUUCUUCAUUGAGACAGAAGCCACCAUUGGUUACGGUCAUCGCUACAUUACUGAGCGCUGCCCAGAAGGAAUUGUGCUUUUUCUGUUCCAGUCACUGCUGGGCUCUGUGGUAGAUGCCUUCCUCAUCGGAUGCAUGUUCAUCAAAAUGUCUCAACCCAAGAAACGUGCUGAAACACUAAUGUUUAGCCGGGCUGCUGUCAUCUCACAGCGAGAUGGAAAACUCUGCCUUAUGUUUCGGGUGGGCAACCUCCGCAACAGCCACAUGGUCUCAGCCCAGAUCCGUUGCAAACUCAUUAAGUCACGACAGACACCAGAAGGUGAAUUCUUGCCACUAGACCAAUGUGAGCUUGAUGUUGGAUUUGGAACUGGGGCCGACCAACUGUUCCUCGUUUCUCCUCUAACCAUCUGUCAUGAAAUCAGUGAUAAGAGUCCUUUUUUUGCCCUCUCGCAAAGAUCCCUAAGGAGUGAGCAGUUUGAAAUUGUCGUAAUCCUUGAAGGCAUUGUUGAAACCACGGGAAUGACAUGCCAAGCCAGAACCUCCUAUACCGAGGAUGAAGUCCUCUGGGGCCACAGGUUCCUCCCUGUAAUGUCACUGGAAGAUGGCUUUUUCCGUGUGGAUUAUUCCCAAUUUCAUGGCACCUUUGAAGUUCCAACUCCUCCCUAUAGUGUGAAAGAGCAAGAAGAGAAUUUGGCUCUCCCAUCACCUCUGAACACCCCUACUGGGAGUCAUAGGAGUCGACGGGAAAAGAUAUCGUCUCUUGACUGUCUCGAAUUUUUUGAAGAGAAAAGCAACCGUCUUCCCAGCAAAUUUCAGAAGCUUUGUACUGGGAAGGGGGAUCUCCAGAGAGGUAUUCCAAGCCUUUGCUCCACCAGUGUUGAGAAAGCUUGCAGCACUGGUGACCUCUUGAAAAUCCAGCAGAUCAGUUCUGUCUGCAACAUGGAGGAGGAAGGUGAAAAGCUGAAGUUGGCCGCCUUCAAAACCAAAUCAGAGCUCCUGGCUCGGUCCACUGGGAACCUCGAAUUCCAACAGAGACCUCAACUCUUGCAUACCCUAGGGGCAAGAUUGGAGGAUCAUUUACCUGCCAAGUUACGAAAAAUGAAUUCAGGGCUUUUCUCUUAAAAGAGCAGACAGACAACAGGUUGCAUUUUAAACUUCUAAAAUUUUCACAAUGUUGUUAGGAAGAAGAUUCUGACAAAACUGAUCUGUGCUGCUAUGCCAAUUUGAUUUCAUAACUACAGUUUAAAAACCAAAAUAAUUUCAAUCAAGAAUACUUGGUAAUAAAGUGGUGUGGUAAGAAGGGAUAUAUAGUGGGUGAAAGUCAGGUGAAAACUAUAUUCUGUUACGUAUAGAUUAUUCGUUUUGUUUUUCUUUUUAAGUUCUAUCCUUCCUCCUUUUGAAGCAUGCUUGUUUAUUAGUGUUCCUUUCGGGAUUUCCUCUUUGGAAAAAUUGACUGGAAACAGGUAUUAUAAAGCAAAAAUACUUCCAUGUGUAUUCUGGAUGUCAUUCUGUCUCCAUCUGAACAGCUGCGCAAAUUUUACGCACAUCAGGAAGCAGGCAAAAGCAGGGAGGCAGGUUUGAAAAAAACAAAUAUGAAAAUAGAGGUCCUUGCAACAUGAUGGUGUACUGUUGCUUUCAUUGUUUUAACUAAAGCAUUGGGUCCUGGAAACAUUUCUGGGAUUCAGGCAUGCAGCAGGAUUACUGUUGGGCUUCAGAAAUUUGGAUCCUUUAUUUUUCAAGAAUCAGUGCUAAAAGCAAGGAACUCAUAAACUAUGAUGGUACAGACAUGUUUCUGCAAAAACAGCCUUUCAAUAUUGAGAAGGAUACCUUCUUAACUUUCUUGCAGCAAAGAUAAUUAUUGGGGUUAUAUAAAAAGAUAAGAGUCCUUAAUCCUUGGGGUCCCUAAUCCUUGGUCUGUGACCCACUACUGAGCCGUGGUUCAUUUGGAACCAGGCUGUGGAAGCGGCGUGAACACACACAUGAAGCUCCAUUUGUGCAAGUGAUGGGCACGCUUGCUCUAAUGGAACUGAGUUGCGCUGAGUGUGCCUGUCACUCAUACAGAACCAUCCUCUCUCCCACCACUCCCCUGUCUGCAAAGCCAGAAGGGUUGGGAAAUGUUGUCCUGAGUCAAGUUUGAGUUCUGCUAUUUUACUUGGCAAAGUUACAGAAUUGGGUAUGUGGGAUGUGCCUGGGUUGAGUAAGAUGAGCUCUCCAUUGACGGCUAAGCUAUAUCUCCCUGCAUCUCUUGCUGUUGGCUAUAUUGACCAAUGGUGUUGGAAAUCAAAAGUGAAGGUUUUCAUGUUACUGAAGCCACCUUCUUGACUUUUUUGAUACUAGCCCUCUUCCAUGGGCACUUCUGGUUCAGGAUCCUCUCAAAACAUAUGUCUCUGCCCCCAUUUUUGUCUUUAAAACUAUCAGGAUCAUCAUCUGCUUGGUGCUUUGGCCUGAAUUUUGAGUCCUGGUUAUUUGAUUUUUUUGAUCUUUUUCUUUACACUUAGUAGCUGCCAUUUCAACACACAUUCCUGUUGUAGGCAAUGAAGAUAGGGAGUGUUCUUCAAACCUAAAGCCUCUGGAUCCAAAUGUAGUCAGGGCUGACUUAGCACUUAGAUGUCCCUAAUCCCACUGUGGAUUUGGAGACCAACCCAUGGCCUCUGUUCAUCUGCCCUAGAAAAGGAGACCAUCAAAGAGAAGGUGGCCAUUUGAAUUUACAAGACAACUGGGUUUGCCAACGCCAAGAGCUAAGUCUAUGUUGGAGCAUUGUGGGAAAUGGAAUGGCUACCGGAGGUUGCCAGACAAGCCUACUGGGGUGAAGGGUUAUCAAUGCCUGCUACUUAUACUUGGCUUAGGUCUAAUUCAGACUUGAAGGUGACAGAAGACUUACUGUUUUCACUUUUUAUUACUACCCCAUAGCACACCAAGAACCAGUUUGGUGUAGUGGCUAAGGCAUCAGGCUGGAGACCAAGAGACCAUGAAUUCUAGUCCCCCCCCCAACCUUAAGUAUAAAGUCAGCUGGGUGACCUUGGGCCAGUUGCGCUCUUUCAGUCUCAGGCAAUGGCACAUCUCUUCUGAAAUCUUGCCAAGAAAAAUGCAGGGACUUGUUCAGACAGUCACAAAGAAUCACAGCAUGGAAUAACAUCUGAUUCCUGCACCUAAAUAUGCUCAAUGUAGAUGAAACAGGUAGCCUCAUCUAUGCCUCAUGGCGAUCACUAUAGCUACAGAUGAAACUACGAUCAAACGUUUCCCUUUUGCAGCAGUGUCAGCCUAACUGUUGCAGAUUUCUUUUUCCUUUCUGAUGUCUUCUUUUCCUCACUUUUCCUUUUCCAUCUUCCUAACAGUGUAUGCAGGUUUCCACAGCUGGGGAAUAAGCCCGUCUCCUCCGAGAGGUGCCCUUGAGAUGGGUGAGAUGAGAUUCCUGUCGUUAUUUUCAUGGGUGUUCUGAAGAUGCUGAGCUGAAAAAAGUUGGAUUUGGGAAUGACUGUGUGAACUUUUUCCUGGGUGUAAAGUUUCUUCCUUUGGGAGAUUCCUCACAAUUUCAGCCUUUGAACUUUUCAGAGGUAAUGGGCUGGUUUGGGUGUUCAGGUUAAAUUAGGAAAGUGUGAAGAUUCCUUCGAAUGGUGUCUCAGUUCCUAGUGACUGUGUGGAAUCAUCUUUGACCUCAUAUGGAAGUGGUUUAGCUAUUGCUUCCAACUGGGAUUUUUUGGACUUCCUAGUCUAGCCUUUCCAGUCUUGGCCAUCCCUCAUGAUAUUUCAUCCAACCAUGGACCAGUCUCACCCUGCGUAGCUUUCCUGGGAUAAGCUGCCAUCUGCUAAGGGCUAAGUGGAUAUAAACCUCAUAAAGGAUUCCAGUGGUGAGGUAACAUAAGAAUCACUUGACGGUAUUUUGUUCUCCCAAAGGCAGACGUCUGAGCCUUGCUGAAUCAGGCAGCAGCAGCAGCUAAGGUUAUCUCACAGAAAGUCUUUCCUCAUGGUGAGAAUUGCAUGGGAGACUCUGGUGAUGUCAAAAAAAGUCAGUUUUUAAUCCCUCCCCAAAGGGACAAAUGGUUUUCAUAAAGUGUAACCCUGUUUGUCUGAAUCAGUGUAAAAUAAACAAUGUGGAAUCCCAGGAAGGCUGGUGGGGGAGAAGUUGUUUCUCUUACAACCCUGCCAGCAAGUAAUCCUUUUAGGCAAAAAUGCCUCCUGAACGUCUAAUGUUAAAUGAUUUUGAUUGUGUCAGAAUGGAAAAGUUAGUACAUGAAUGAAACUCAACAUACUAUCUGUACUGAAUUAAUUUAAUUUCCAUUCAACUUAAAUUCAAUUUAAACUCCACUCAGUCUGGGACUCCUUUUUUCAUAUGCCACCCAAAAGAGAGCUGAAAAUGCUUCUAAAUUCUUGAAUUAGAAGUGAAUUUUUCAUUCCAUUGCAUUCCAUUCUUUCUUGCAUUUAAUGCUAUUUAACUUUUCUAUUCCAUUACUACUAAUACAAGGGAAAAUACUCUGCUUCCAGAAUUGACGUAUCCCUAUUUAUCCGUUUGGUAGAAUGAAAAGAUUUUGGGAUCCAUCCAACCCAAAAAACCAAAAACAAUUUCAGCCAAAGGCCACACAAAAUCACAGUAAAUGAAGCAGUGGGGAGGGAAUUUUUCACAGACUACCAGAGAAGUCUCUGCAGCAUUCCCUUGGGAAACAUAAUGUUUGCCCAUGACUUUUAUAUAUAUACUUAGAAUUAUCCCAUCUGUAAAGCCAUCUGAUGAGUCAAGGGAGGAUGUGAGCCUCCAUUGUCUUGUUUCCAGGCCAACUUCAACCUCUACACCUGUUCCUACUGCAUGUCUCUUCCAUUCUCAUGAAAAUUGGUUGAGGUAGAUGAGGGAAGAGAAAUGUGGGUCCUAAAUGCCCCUCAAAAAUCACUGGUAGAUUGGGGGUAUAAUUUUGCCUCCCUCAAAAGAAAAUAAUGUCCAUGACAAGAACUUCCAAUUUUAUGCCUUUCAACUGGAUUAAGCUAAGUGUUAAGUCUCGCCAUCUUUAGCCAGCAAGCUUUGCUGAUUGUAAAUGAUGGGAGCUGGUACUUUGAGGAGCAUCAUUUGGAUUAAACUGGAUCAUUUCAUUAGAGGCACCAGCAAAAGUGCCACGGAUCAGGUAGAAAGAUCAAAAAGUGCCUGUAUGUUUGAAGCCCAGUCCUUUUCUUUGCAAAAACAAGGAAAAUCAAGAGAUAAAUAAUUGUACAUUUAACUGAUGGGCAUGAGGCUAGCUUGAAGAAACAAGUGCAUCUAUAGGGGAAUCAGAAAGGUCAAGAGGGCACAUGCAUGUAAAAAAAAACAAAGCCAGAGUUUUGAUUAUGCAGUCAGGUCAUCUUGACGAGAGAGA